AUGAUCAUUUCAGCGCCAGGAACACCAGGACCACCAGGACAUGAUUACCAAACACCGCCGAUUUAUGAAAUUAGACAGUGCCCAGUGCCAAAUACGUUUGUUUGCAUCACUUGUCCAGCUGGACCACCUGGCCCAGCCGGCCAACCAGGCGAAAUGGGCUAUCCCGGGGUGGAUGGUAAACCUGGAAAGAAUGGCUCACCUGGAGCUGAUGGUCCACCUGGCCCUCCGGGACCUGUUGGAGAUUUUGGGCCUGAUGGCGUUCCUGGACCUCCUGGAAGAACCGGCCCACCGGGUGAAGAUACGGAAAGACAAAUUGGAACUCCUGGAAGGAGGGGUCCAAAAGGGCCACCAGGUUGCCAGGGUAAUCAAGGAGAUACUGGCGAAGACGGUAAGAGAGGGAAGAGAGGUAAACAGGGUAUUCAGGGCCCUCCCGGGGCACCAGGUUCACCAGGGACAGAUGGAUUGCCGGGAAGACCUGGAAGAAGGGGUCGUCCUGGCCAUGAUGCAGCGUACUGCAACUGUCCGGGACGAUCGUUGAAAGUUUGA